AGAUGUAAACAAAGAUUCAACGCAGAAAAAAAUAUAACGGUUGGGAAAGCAGGUGUACCAAAAUUAAAGGUCAUCAACUCCUUCUUGGCACUGAAAAAGAUGGAGCAGAACACAUCAGAAUCAAACAGACACAUUUAUGUCCUUCCCUCGUACACAGCCGUUCAAUGGGAUCAAGGUCACCUGGAUCACUGGAUGUUUAAGAAGGUUCAGUUCUCCAAAUACACUCAUGUAUUCCUGCCAAUAUGCAUCAAUGGGAAUCACUGGGUGUUGCUGGUUGCAGACGUAAAGCAAAGACUUGUCUACGUUCUGGACUCUAUGAAUGGGGAGGUUGGUCAGAAAUGGACAAGGAUGUGGGCAGAAUUCAUGGCCAAUCGGGACAGACUUCCAGAUGUUACUGAACAGUUUGGUGUGUGGAACUUCCCGGAGAUCAGAAGCAGCAAACAGACCGACAGUAAUUCAUGCGGUGUGUUCACCCUGAUGAAUGCGGAAUGCAUUGCCAAGGAUGUUCCCAUAGCAGUCAUGAGACAAGUGCAUUGCCAAAGAUAUAGACAAUAUGUUAAGGCAUCUUUGCUCAAUGCUGGAGCAGCAAAGUCGGACUCUAAGUGUGACAUGCCAGAUUGUAGGAUACCUAAAGGACACAAAAGAUGGGUCCAGUGUUGCGUGUGUGGACGUUGGCUCCACACAAAGUGUUGCAGGAUUCCGACAAAGGCAGCCAUCGAGGAGGAAUACGAAUGCUGCUUCUGUGAAGCCAUGUAUAGAUAGACAUUCAUAGCUUAUUAUUGCUACCAAUUGGUUUGGAAAAGCUUCCUCUUCCAAUUUCUAUUAGGACUGGUCAAAUGUGUUAUGGUGUAGUUUAUCUGUCUGUUAAUUUUUGUUAUCUCCUACAUUUUUCUAACAAUCUCUUUGAAACUUGGUAUUCAUUAUAAUUAUGAUAGGAAAUUGUAUUACCCUGAAAAGGUUUUAAUUUCAUUAUUUUUGAACAAGUUUAUUUCAGUGAUGAAAAUUCUUGUCACAUCAUUCCUAUUUUUAUCCUGCCAUCAUCAGAUGGUGGACUAUUCAAAUCGCCCUGCAUCCAUCAUCUCUAUGUCCAUAACAAUCCUUGUUAUCAUUAUGUCAAAGUACUGGAGGUACAUUUCUAUAACAUGAUGAGUAGGUUCCCCUUAGUUCCCAGUUGUGUUAAAACAAAAUGACUGACAGGUGGCCAUCUUUGAUUUUGAGAACUAGAAGAUUUUUGUAGCUACAUUGUAUUUCUUAAAGUACUGGAGGAGUGUUUUGCAAACUUCACUUGUUCUUGUCAUCAGAUUAUGAAGAGGGAAAAAAAGAAAUGGAAAAGUAAUGAAAUCAGUCUGACAUAGAACCAUUAGAGAUUGUUCAAUGGUGUACACCAAGAUUCCCCUGGUCUCCUGUUAAUUAGAAAAAUGGAUAUAAAUAAUUUCUUGAAAAGUACUGAAGGAAUAUUGCUCAAAUUUUGCUUGUAGGUUCCCAUUGGUAUCAAGUUGUGUCAAUUCAAUUUAGAUUUUUGAUGAGAAAAAUAGAAUGGUCGUCAGACACCCAUCUUAGAUUUGAAGAAUUAAAGUUUGUUAUAUUAUCACUAUUUCUUGAAAAGGGAUGUUUCUCAAACUUCACAUGUACAUGAAGGUUCCAUUUGUUCUUUGAAUCAGAAUAUUAAGAAAGAAAAAAUAAGGGAGAGUUAUAGAAGAUCAGUGUGACACAGAACCGAUCAUUGAAUUGUGGGUACCAAUUUUCCCCUGGGAUCGCUCGUUAGCCUCAUUUUUGAAAAUUAAUUGAUAGGCUUUAUAUAAGAUAUGAAGUUGUUUCAUAUGAAUGUUUCUACCCUUUGUUCAUUUGAGCAUUUUAUAGUUGUCCUAAGAUUUCCAUUUUUUUGUGAACAUGGAAUGCAUUAUAGUCAUAGUUAUAUUCCCACCACAAAAAAAUUUUGGAUUGGUCCAAUUAAUACUUUAAUAUUAUUACUGGGGAGGGGGUAGACUUUACAAUAGUUUAUAUAGGGAUGACUUUCCACAUUUUUGACAAUCAUUUAAUUGUUGACAUUUAAUUUGUUAACAUUAUCAGCAUUGGAUGACAGCUUAAUGAUAUGCACGUUGGCCCUGACAGACCCCCAGGGACUGAUGUGUGGGGCUAAAAAGGGUCAAUUAGAUUAACUGAAAUAUUUCAAAUCUCAGGUGACCGUUAAGGCCCAUGGGCCUCUUGUUAAUUUGUAGAUUUCUUUUGCAUCUAUUACAUUUACUUUUUUGUAACAGAAUCUGUAUUAUAUUUUCUUGUGUCACAAGAUUUGGAAUUAUAUGUAAAUUGUAUAUAUCAUUGCCACACCAAAUGAAAUUUUAUGAUUCAUUUGUCAAGCUAUGACAGUUACACUUUUCAGAUAUAUAAGUCAUUAAAAAGGAGGAAACAUUUCAAAAACUAUAGAAAUGUUAUAUAUAUAAAAAAUAUUAAAACAUUAAAUUCAGUGAAGUUUUCUUUGAUGUUCUACUUCCAAGAUGUAUGAUCCCUGUGCUUGCUUUUGAUGAAGUCUAUUUGGAAUUUCAUUAGUAGGAACAAUUGGAGUUACAAAUACUUUGGUGUGGCCUUCAUUCUCUAACUUACAUAUAAAGUUAUUAAGUCACUUGCUUCGCUAUGUAGCUUGUAGCUGUGACAAAUGAAAUAUUCAUUAUAACUUUUCCUUUGUGCUGAAUAAAAUGUGAAAAGUACCAUAA